GAGACUCGGUGCUGCAGCGAUAAGCAUCGGUAAGAUGUGAACGAGACGUGAAGAUAAAAAAAAUCGCCACCGAAGGAACUGCGGACCGCUGACAAGAACUCACGAUACUGCCACCCUUUUAGCCUCGCCAUCCGCCCGUCACCAGCAGCGGAUUCGCCGCCGACCGUCAGCUGUUUGUGCGCGAAUGGCCGCGGAGGUUCGGAGGGCCCUCGGCCGGGGCUGGAGUCUGACUGUCGGCCUUGCUCAUGUAGGCCUUCACGGCACCGCACUGCGAUCUCUGCUCUUCAUCACAGCCCUCAGCGGACUGCUGCGUCUGCCCGCGGCAACCGAGGCGAAGGAGUGCGAUAAGCCGUGUCUGAAUGGCCAGUGCAGCGCAACCAGCGGCGCGUGUGUGUGCGAGGCGGGAUGGGUCGGGGAGCAAUGCCAGCACUGCGGCGGCCGCUUCAGGUUGAAUACAUGUCCCAAUAACUGCUCUGAUCGAGGGGAGUGUCGUGUGGGAAACUCCAGCGAGUCUGUACAGUGUGUUUGUGAGGAUGGCUGGAAAGGAGAGGCCUGUGAUGUGCCCUACUGCUCCUCUGACUGUGGCUUUCCUCUGCGGGGACAGUGUAACAACAGCACCAAACGCUGCCUCUGCAAACCAGGAUGGCAAGGCCUGGACUGUUCAAUAACUGUACCAGCAAAUGUCUCGUUCUGGACUCGUGAGGAAUACAGUGGAUAUGGUUUGGUGCGGGCAUCCCAUAAGGCUGUGGUUCAUGAAGACGUGAUGUGGGUAAUAGGAGGGCAUGUGUUCAACUACACACACUACCAGAUGGUGACUGCGUUCAACAUCUCCUCUCAAAGCUGGAUGGCAUUAAACCGGUCUGUCCACUCUGUAACUGGACGCUACGGUCAUUCUCUCUCCCUGCACGAGGAUAAAAUCUACAUGUACGGAGGGAAGAUUGACUCCACAGGAAACGUGACGUCAGAGCUGUGGGUUUUCCACACGAGGAACCAGUCAUGGGUUCUGCUCAGUCCCCGAGCUAAAGAGCAGUACGCGGUUGUGGGUCACUCGGCACAUACUGUCCAACUCAAUCCUGACGGAUCAGAGCCUGUCAUACUGGUGGUGUUUGGACACUGCCCUCUUUAUGGAUACAUCAGCCAAGUGCAGCAGUACAAUAUAGUGAAGAACACAUGGAGUGUUUUGGAGACUCGCGGGGCGCUGGUUCAGGGUGGUUAUGGGCACAGCAGUGUUUACGACCCUCAGACCCGCUCCAUCUACAUCCAUGGAGGCUACAAAGCUUUCACUGCUAAUAAAUAUGGGUUGGCUGGCGACUUGUACCGAUAUGAUGUGGACGAGAGAAAGUGGUUGAUUCUGAGGGACAGUGGAUUUUUCCGGUACCUCCACACGGCAGUGAUUGCUGGUGGGAGCAUACUAGUGUUUGGAGGGAACACACACAACGACACCUCAAUGAGCCACGGGGCAAAGUGCUUCUCCUCAGACUUCAUAGCCUACAACUUGGCUUGUGAUGAGUGGACUUUUCUGCCCAAUCCGGAUCUUUACCAUGACGUCAACCGUUUUGGCCACUCAGCUGUGUAUCACAAUGGGGUGAUGUACGUGUAUGGAGGAUUUAACAGCCUGAUGCUGGGCGAUGUGCUGAGGUUCACCCCGGCGAGCUGUGCUGCUUUCUCCGAGCAUCUGGAGUGUGUGACGGCUGUGCCCAGUGUGAAGUGUGUGUGGAACUCUUCUACCUCCACCUGUGUGCCCUGGGACGCAGCGGCGCUCCUCGACAUGGAGGCUUUGAGGAACACCUGCAGUCCCAGAGGGUAUGCAGAUGGAGAGAAGUGUGAGCAGUAUUCCGACUGCUACAGCUGUACAGCCAACACCAACAGCUGCCAGUGGUGCUCUACGCUCUGUGUGUCCAGUCACAGUAACUGCACCAGUUCUCCAGGAGGGAUAAUGGAGUACGAGGCCUGUCCAAAGGAUAACCCCUCCUCUGUGUGCAGUAAAAGGACCAGCUGUAAAAGUUGUGCCACAGAUCAGAACUGCCAAUGGGAGACCAGGAAUCAAGAGUGCACCACCCUGCCUGGAAAUAUCUGCGGGGAGAGUUGGCACCUGGUGGGGAACUCGUGUCUGAAACUGAUGACCGCUAAGGACUCGUAUGACAAUGCUAAGCUGGUGUGUCGAAAUCACCAGGCGGUGCUGGCAUCCCUCACCACACAGAAGAAAGUCCAGUUCGUUCUCAAAGAGAUGCACAACCGAUCAUUACAGUCUAAAGCAGUGAUCACUCCAUGGGUCGGCCUGAGGAAGAUCAACGUGUCGUAUUGGUGUUGGGAGGACAUGUCGCCCUUCACCAACUCCACUCUGCAGUGGCUGCCUGGUGAACCCAGCGACGCAGGGUUUUGUGGGUAUUUGGCUGAGCCCGCUUUCAACGGACUGAAGGCGGCGACCUGUGUCAACUCUGUCAAUGGGAGCCUGUGUGAACGACCCACGAACCAUAGUGUAAAGCAGUGCCGGACCCCCUGUGCGCUGCGCUCGUCCUGCAGUGAGUGUACCAGCGGGAGCUCUGAGUGCAUGUGGUGCAGUAACAUGAGGCAGUGUGUCGACUCCAACGCUUAUGUGCCCUCCUUCCCCUACGGCCAGUGCAUGGAGUGGUACACCAUGAACAGCUGCCCACCGGAAAACUGUUCUGGUUACAAGACGUGCGGCCACUGUUUGGACCAGCCUGGAUGUGGGUGGUGCACUGAUCCCAGUAAUACGGGCCGGGGUCAGUGUAUAGAGGGCUCUUACCGCGGUCCAGUCCAGACCCUGUUUCACGCCCCGUCCACUUCAGGACCCUCCAUCCUUCCUGCUCCUCAACCAAUGCUGAACGUGAGCUUGUGCCCAGUGGAGGGCAACUACAAUUGGUCUUUCAUCCAGUGCCCAGCAUGUCAGUGUAACGGCCACAGCUCAUGUGUGAAUGAAAGUGUGUGUGAGAGAUGCGAGGAUCUCACCACGGGCAAACAAUGCGAGAGCUGCAUCUCUGGUUAUUACGGCGAUCCCACAAACGGAGGCAGCUGUCAACCCUGUAAGUGCAACGGUCAUGCAAGCAUGUGCAACUCCAACAAUGGCAAGUGUUUCUGUACCACCAAGGGCAUCAAAGGUGAUCGCUGCCACGUGUGUGAGGUGGAGAAUCGCUAUCAGGGCAAUCCUCUGAAGGGAACCUGUUAUUACACACUGCUGAUUGAUUACCAGUUUACCUUCAGUUUGUCUCAGGAGGACGACCGCUACUACACUGCUAUUAACUUUGUGGCAACUCCAGAUGAGCAAAAUCGCGAUCUGGACAUGUUCAUUAAUGCCUCGAAAAAUUUCAACCUCAACAUUACAUGGGCAACCAGCUUUGCAGCUGGAACUCAAGCUGGUGAGGAAAUCCCUAUAGUCUCACGCAGCAACAUCAAGGAAUUCAAGGACAGUUUCUCUAAUGAGAAGUUCGACUUCAGGAGCAACACCAACAUCACCUUCUACGUUUAUGUCAGCAACUUCACCUGGCCAAUCAAAAUCCAGAUCGCUUUCUCUCAACACAGUAACUUCAUGGAUUUGGUUCAGUUCUUUGUCACGUUCUUCAGCUGUUUCCUGUCUUUACUUCUCGUGGCAGCAGUCGUAUGGAAGAUCAAGCAAAGCUGCUGGGCGUCUCGGCGCAGAGAGCAACUCCUGCGAGAAAUGCAGCAGAUGGCCAGCCGACCGUUUGCCACCAUCAACGUGGCAUUGGAGACGGACGAGGAGCCGCCGGACCUGAUUGGAGGAAACGUGAAGUCUGUGCCUAAGCCUAUAGCUCUGGAGCCCUGUUUUGGAAAUAAAGCAGCAGUGCUCUCCAUCUUUGUUCGAUUACCCAGAGGCCCCGGAGGUAUUCCUCCUCCAGGACAGUCAGGUCUGGCAGUGGCGAGUGCAUUAGUGGACAUCUCUCAGCAGAUGUGUCUGGGAUAUAAGGAGAAGUCCGGAGGCUUGCGCAGCCGUAAGCAGCAGCCAUUAGCACAGCCUUCCACCUGCAUCUGACAUUUACCCAUCAUCCUCUGACCUCCGACCCCUGCCAGGACUGAGACGUUUAUGACUGGCUCACAUUUGUGCGAGAAGCAGGGAUGAGGGGGCGUGGUUUAUGAAGCCAAGCAGACUCUGAUAGGAGGAACUGAAUGUCUUCAGAGAGAACACUACAGGAAAACGAACUCCUACGUGGCCCGGACUGAUAGGACUUAUUCUGGGCCACUUUAAUGAUAUUUAACUUAUUUCUGUUAUUUUAUUCCAUUUUUACAAUCAGGAGGAGGAAUCCUUGCACUGCUGCAUCUCUAUUGAAGGCAACACACACACAUAUACAACACGUCCAGAGGCUGCAUGGCUAUAACACGCACACAUACAGUACAGGACGUGUUUUAGGGUCUCUUUAAUCAUGGCGGGUGUAUUUCUGCUUUUAUUUCUUAAUUAUUAAUUUGGUGUGCAUGUUUGGUGCGCUAACUGGAAUCCGACAGGUAUGUUUACAAGCGAUUGACAUUGCGGGUCAUCUGUGACGUCUCUUUUCAUGUUUUCUUUUCUCAAAUAAGAAAAUUCAUGUGUCCUUUCAUCCUCUUUCCAGUUCCCUCUUUUCACACGUUGGCUUCUUUUUUGAAGACAUGAGUGUUUUAUGUUGUUGUCGUAAUCACAGUGCUUCUUCCAUUUCUGCUUUUAUCAUUUACUUUACUCUCUUAUCUGAAAUCUCAGUCCAUUUUUCAGGCGCAUUUCAGGGAAAGGAAGAAAUAAAAGGCGACUGCAGGCAGGCAGGGUGAAAUGAGAGCGAGCGAGGACCUUGUUUGGGUUUCUCAAAAUGUCAGAUGUCAUUUUGGGCUGGCAAAGGAUUAUCUGCAUACACAAAUGCACAAACCUGGAGCCGCGUCGGAUACCGGGGGUAUUCUUCAGGAUAUGGAGUGGAUUGCCGCAUGCAAAGGAAAGGUCAGAGAUAGAGUGAGCAAAUGUGACAUUAUGAAAUCUGAACCGUUGUAAGAGCGUGUAGCAGUGCAGUCAUUACAUCUUUCAUUAUCCUGGCAUAUGUAUGUGUGUGUGUGUGUGUGUGUGUGUGUGUGUGUGUGUGUGUGUGUGUGUGUGUGUGUGUGUGUGUGUGUGUGUGUGUGUGUGUGUGUGUGUGUGUGUGUGUGUGUGUGUGUGUGUGUGUGUGUGCGUGCGUGUGUGUGUGCGUGUGUGUGUGUGCGUGUGUGUGUGUGCGUGUGUGUGUUUGUGGGCGGCAGCAUUGAGACUGCACAGAUGACCUGUUUGCCGCUUCUUGGUGCGUUUAGAGUGCCAUGAAUAAAGGGACGCAGAUCGCUAGACCGGAACAAAACACCUAGUACUGACAGCCCAAACAGGAUGUUAUUAAUCUCUCCAUGAAUUCAAUGGAAAAUUCAUGGCCUGCGUCACCCAUCAGGUGCGAAUGUAAAGAGAUUUCAUGAUUCGAUAGGGCCCAAAAGGGAAAACAAAAGCGCAGUCAUGCAUACGAAACAAAGUGGUUUAAUGAAAGGAGCUGGUCUCUCUUCCUUCUGACGGAAGCUAACUCUCACAAUGCUAAGCCUCAAACACCGACCGCACCAUCUAUAUACAGUGAUACUGUAGAUACGGAGUCUGUAGUUUGUUAAUAUGUAUAAUGUAGCAGCAAGUGCACUCGAGUUUUUUUGUACAUAGUGAUGGACAGUAAUGUGAAUGCCGUCUCUGUUAAGCGACUUACUGCACUUGGCGGGUGAAGUAUCCCAGGCUUUUGAAAUGUGACUGCAUUGCAGCUUCUUUUUGUAUGUAAGAUGGCGAAUGUCAUGAACAAACUUUAAAACUAGCUGCCUACUUUAGGAUGAAAAGAAAAAAAGAAGUCCUGAGAAUCUAAACUGACCUUGUAAUUAUGUGUGUACAUAAAGAAUGACAUAGAACAUUUUGUCUAUAAUUAAAUGGUAAAAUGAA